GCUCUGGAUCGUCGAGCAAGGGACGAGGCUGAGGGAGCGGACAGCGACGUGACGGACCUCCUCGACGAGAUGGAGAUCGCUCCCAAGGAUGCCGAGAUGGAGGCCAACCUCAUUACGAACGAGACGACCCGCAUCGAGCUGGAGACGGCGAUGCUUCCCAAGCUGGUGAUCAAGAACAAGCCGAAGCGGGAGAAGAGGCAGCUCGACAAGACCCAGUAUCUUCAGGUGGAGAAGUCCAUCGAGAUGCGAGAGCGAGUUCAGCACGUCAAGCUGCCGAGCUGGCCUACACUGGAGAAGCUCGACGACUGGAUCCUCAUGAGUGUGAAGCAGAGCUCCUCCAAGGGUUUCGGAAUCCUGGAUAUCGGCGCAACCUCCAGCAUCAUGGGCAUCGAGGCCGCCGAGAACCUACGCGACAUCAUUUACGAGCAGACGGGCCAGAACAUCAAGAUGGAUGUUAGCCAGAAGAGUACGUUUAUAUUUGGCGACGGCAACUCCAAGACCUGCACCGGCAAGGCUACCUUUCCUCUCAAGAUUGCUGGUGUGGACGGCGAGCUCGAGAUUAACAUCCUCGACGCAGAUGCCCCACUCUUGAUCGGAGUGGAUGUUCUGAGCCGCCUGGGAGCUGUGAUCGACUGCGAGCGAUCUGUUUACUUCAAGAAGCUCGGACGUCGAGCUGAGCUGCUCGUCCUUCCGAGCGGCCACCUUGCACUGCCACUGGUUCAGCAAGCCGAUUUUGGCUUCGUGGCAUCCCUCGAAUCAUGGAGCCCUGAAGGCCUCGAGCACCUCAUCAGCACUUACGAGCACGGGGACAUCAUUAUUACCUACGCCUACGGGGACACCAUCAUCCUUUACGCUUACAGGGAUAUCAUCAUUACCUACGCCUCCAGGGACAUCAUCAAUAAAAACGUCUGGGACAUCAUCUGUAUCAGCCCCUACGGCCUCAGCUAUGACAUCAUCAGGGUCACCCUCAGAGGUCUACGCUACAACGGACGACUGAUCGCUCACCAGGACACGAAGGGCAACAUCUUCUACACGGUCGAGGGCUCGGAGCUGGACCACAGCAAGAAGCGGACGACGGACAUCUUCCUACUGGAGCACCUGCCGAAUUGGGAGAUGUGGUCCAGCAAGCUCCUCCGGCAGUGGACUCAGUGUCGCCGCUGGGGGCGGGUCAUCCAGAAGGUCUUUCUCAAGACGAUCGACCACGUGAACUGGAAGCUGGACAGUCUCGGCCUACCUGUACAGCUGCUACCAGAGAAGUACCCGACCUGGCCGACGGACCUCGAGCACCGUGCGAAGAUCGAGCAGUGUCCGCCGAGCACGAAGGCGAAGCAACGCCCCCAGAAGUCGACAGCCGCGGCCGCGCGCGAGCAGAAUCAAGAGCUGCGGGCCACCAUCGAGACCGCAAAGUCCGAUUUCUUGACCAAGUUUGCGGAGGUGAGUGCGUUUGCAGCGCUGAGCUCAGAGCAGAUUCACGAGCAACUCAGCAUGGUCACGCUGGGCAACCACCUCAGGCCCCUGUGCAAGAUGUGGGGGUUGACCCAGUCGGGCAAGAAGGAGGAGGUGGUCGACAAGAUCAUAGCGUACAUCAUCGAGCAGCGCGGCUCGGCGGCAGCGACGAUCAAGAUCAAGGUGGAGACCGAGACGAAGAAGACGGAGAAGGCGCCUAUGACCGUGGGCCCGGCGAUUCCAGCUCACUACACGCAGAUGUGCCAGCACCCGGACUGCAAGCUAUGCCGAGGUAUCGCGAAGAACGAGCCGAUCGUGAAGGUAAAGCCCUACGGGUGGUGCCACCAGGCAUGCGCUGCCAGAUCAGCCAUCUUCGGAGCUAUGUGCGCCCUCGCGACCUUCGGCCGCCUGACGAUGGUUGAAGCGCGCACCCACGAGGACUCGAACCUCGGUAAGGUGUGCGACGAGAAGGGCUACCACUACGAGCGUCUCGGUCUGUUCAACGAGAACGACCUCAGCAAGCCGCAGGGUUACCACAAGGCGAAGUUCUUGCUGGACGAGAAGCGCCUGGAGCUCUUCGUCAGCACUCCACCCUGCGGGCCCUGGUCGAUAAUUCAGAACGUCAACCAGCGCGACGACAGGCAGAGGGAGAACCUUCGCAGGAAGCGCCUCAAGAGCCAGCGGAUCUUCGAGAACAACAAGAGGCUCAUAGACCACCAGGUGAUCAACCUGAACGGCUCUGCCCUCGCCGAGCAGCCACACAACAGUCGGUCGUGGCAAAAGACCUGCUGGAAGGACCUCCACAAGAUACUCCCCUACGAGGUGAUCGUGGACGGCUGCGCCUGCAGACUGAGAGCUCCCGACAGAGGCGAGCUCAUGAAGAAGCGCUGGAAGUUUCUUACGAACGACAAGAGGAUCUGGGUGGCCCUACAGCCGCUACAAUGCCGUGGAGGACACUACCACGAGGAGAUUGAGAGCAGCUUGAGGACUAAGGCUUUGGGCUACAACCCCAAGAUGCUGUGCCGCCGAAUCCUCCGGGCUCUGACUAAGAGCCAGAACCAGAACUACUUCGAGGACGAGGUUGUGAAGUGCCUCUGCAUGGCAGCUACCCAGCAGCCGCCGACGGAGCCUACGCUUGUUGAGGACGAGCCGUCGAUUCCACCUCAAGACGGCAAGGAGACUCACGACCUCACCAAAGGGACGAUCAAGAAGAUCGAGAGCUACACCAGGUUGGUGCACACCAACCUUGAGCAGCCACAGAACGGUCACGAGGUUCUCUUCGACGCCUUCUCAUGGAUCCGUCGCAGCAAGAAGACGAACGUGAUGGCCCUGGCGAUCCUCGACGCCGGCUCAGACACCCUCUACGUGCGACUGAUCGACGAGAAGGAGAUUCCGGGUACGACUCGACAAGUUCGUGCCAGCGACCUUCGACAUAUUUUUGCGACAAAGUGGUUUCCCUGGAUGGGACGUCCGAAGGUCAUGCGCUACGAUCCCGCUGGCAGCGCCAUCUCCAACGAGUUCCGCGAGUGGAUCGAGAGCCAGGGAGUAUACUGUCUUCCAUGCGCGGCCGACGCCCACUGGCAGAUCGGCAAGAUUGAGCGCGCGAUCGAAGCUUUCAAGGAGGCCCUCGACGCUUUCGACGAGAUGGUCUCAGCUGAAGUGCCUACCAGCGAGAUGAUUGGACUCCAGACAGCUGCCAGGAACGACCUGAUCAGGAUUGACGGAUUCAGCCCACUGCAGCGCUAUGCCGGACGGACCCCGACGGGGACCACGGUUAACUUGUCCGACGAGCCGAAUAACCUGCCCCUCAUCAGCGCCGAGCUGCAGGACGGCACCUUCAGCAGGGACACCCAAGUUCGACGCAUGGCGCGGCUGGCUCACAUCCAGACCGAGAACUCCGACCGAGUCAAACGGGCAGAGGCCGCGCGCUUCAGGUCCUUCAAAAGGUACGAGACGGGCGGCCUGGUCUUCGUCUACAGGAGGCUCCCACCAGGAGCCUGGAUCAAGAAGGGCCAACCUCGCUCCAUGCCUGGGCGAGGCCGCUGGUACGGACCUGGACGAGUACUUUGCCACGAGCCAUCGAGCUCAGGACAUCGACCUGGUCUACCUGGAACAGUGGUCAACAUCACACUGGCUGGACGCCUCUAUCGAGUUGCCCCAGAACAGCUUCGACCUGCUACGCCCUCCGAAGAGGCGAUGGACUCUCUACGCUCGCGUCGCGAGCAGCCGGGGACAUGGACCUUCGGCGACGUCCAGAAGCUGCUCGACCAGAACGAGGUGAUCGACCUUUCGAAUGAGUCCCCGCCUACUGGCGAGGACCUGGCCGCUGACGACGGCGAAUCUGUCAGCGCUCGCACCUUCGAGGGCAACGCGAGCGGACCCUGGGCCAUUCCUGAAGACGAGGACUGGAAGAGCGACCUCUUCCUGGACCGCGACCUCCAAGGCGACUUCGGAAGAAGGGCAAUCCCUGGGCCGAGGCGGCCGAGGUCCAAGACCCUCUCAUACAGCCAGCACAGCCAGAAGCACCACCAGGCAUUCCACAAGAGGAAGGCCACGAAGCUGGACACCAAGAAGAAGCUCGACGAUCAAGCAGAGCGCACGUCUCAGCAGCCCAUUGCGGUGGACACGGACGAUGACCUCGACGAGACUACGGCGCCCGACGUGAACGACAAGCGCCGACUGCGGUCGCCUGGCUCAACCGAGCCACCUGCCAAGAAGCAGCGGAUCAACGUCGCGACCCAGGAGGCCUUCUCCUCCUACCUGCAGGAGGGCAACUCCUGCGGGGACUACGCCUACAGCGUCCAGCAGUACGACGUGACGAAGGAGGACGAUGAGCUCAUCGUGCUGGACAUCCCCGUCAGCAACGAGCACGCGAUCAUGGCCUACAUGGACGAUCCCAGCAAUUUCGUGGCAUCACAGGCCCGGAAGGGCCGAGUGGAGGUUUCCUUCAAGAAGGCGACGCCUGAGGAAAAGAAGCUGCUACUAGAGGCCCAGCAGAAGGAGUGCACCUCCGUCCUCAGCACGAAGGCUGUCAGGAUCCUCAGCCGCAAGGGGAUCGACCCGGCGCGCCUGCUGCGCUGCCGUUUCGUGCUGACCUGGAAGAAGGACGAGCAGGUCAACGUGCUCCGAGGCAAGGCCAGAUUGGUCGUGCUUGGCUUCAGCGACCCCGAUCUACUACACCUACGGACAGAGUCACCAGUUGCCUCAAGACGUGCACGACAACUUCUACUGGCCAUGGCAGCAAGACACAAGUGGAAGCUGGAGAAGGCAGACGCAGUGACAGCCUUCCUCCAGGGCGAGACUGACGAGAAGAAGAGGAAGAUCUACGCCGACCCGCCGAAAGAUGUUCGUCAGGCAUUCGGCAUGAAAGAUGACGAUGUACUACAGUUCCUCAAGCCUAUGUAUGGGUUUGUACAUGCUCCUCGCAAGUGGUGGCUCCAUUUCAAGGACACGCUCAGGACGCUGAAGCUGAAGAUCGUGCAGUGCGAGCCUUGCGUCUGGGUCAUCCGAGACGGCAACACGAUGGUUGGCAUGGUCAUCCUACACGUCGACGAUAUGAUGAUUGCCGGCGAUCACAACAACUCGGCCUUUCUCAAGAAGCGUCAGGAGAUUCAACAAGCUUUCGAAUGGACACCCUGGGAGCGCCGAGCGUUCGUGCAGUGCGGCAUCAGCAUUCGACAGAACGAGGAUUACACCUGCAGCCUCGCACAGGACAGCUACAGCCUGAACGUGGAGCCCAUCAAGAUACGCCGACUUGGUACAGUCGGAUGGCGAGCUCAGCAGUCGGCCCCGUGGCUCAGCGCAGAAGUCUCUCUACUUCAAGCGGAGAUACCUACGGCCACGGUCUCAACCAUCCAGAAGAUCAACAAGCUUAUCCGCACCAUGAAUGACACCGCCGACGUGGUAAUGCUCAUCCCGGCCAUUGAGCAGAUUGCCGUGGUUGGCUGGGGAGAUGCAGCAUGGGCCGCCCACAUCACCGGCGAGUCCCAAGGCGGAGAAAUCGUUGUGCUGGCCCCCCUGUCCUUCCUGAGUGGCUCGACAGAGACGGUUGCGCCUAUCUCUUGGAGAUCAUGCAAGUUACCCAGAGUGGCCAGAAGCAGCACGAGUGCGGAGGUCCAGAUGAUGACUGAGACCCUGGACGAGAUCAGUUACGUGCGACUAUUCAUCUACGAGCUGGAGUGCGGUCAAGUGGACUACACCAACAAGCAGCACGUGAACGACGCCAUCUCAUCCUGCCCUGGCGUACUUGUCACAGACGGUAAGUCGGGCUACGACGCGAUCGAGAAGAGUGAGUCAGCUGGUCUCGGACUACGUGACAAGCGGACGAGCAUCGAGUGCCUAGGCAUUCGACAGCAGAAGGAGCAGACGGCCCUCCAGAUACGCUGGGUACACAGCGACGCCAUGUUAGCCGACGGAUUGACCAAGGAUCGUGCCGCCAAGGUCUUGCUGGAGUUCUUCAGAUCAG